GGCCUAAAGAAGUUAGAAAAGGAAGCCUCUGAGAUGUCAUCCAGCUUAAACCUAAAAGAAAACAGUUUGAAACAGCCAAACCUUCACUCAGAUCGAUGCAAGGUCUUUGGAAGAACAGUAGGACAAAGCCAUGACUCUUGUCCUGCUGCUCAAAAGGAAGAAAUAGGUAAAAGCCCAGGAAAAGUGAAUGUGCCAUCAAGAGGUGAGCAUGAAAACAAAAAAAGCCUAGGGAAACUGUGUGGGGAAUUUGAGACUUUCUCUCUGCAGCCUCAGGCAGCAAAGGAUGAUACUCCUGAGGGUUCUCAGGGGCCUCAAGCUGGUUUGCAGAACCUCCUCAGAGAACCCUUUGUAUCUCAACCUUCUGAAUAUAGAACGGUAGGAAGGAAAACAUCCAGUAACAUGAAUAGUAUAUUGCAAACUAAUUGUAGUGUAGAAUCAACAUGCCAAAAAGUUCCUGGGCAGCCUGAGGAGAUCAGUGAGACCAUAGAAAAGUCAGUUGCCCCAUCCAAGGUCAGUGGCUUGAGUUGUGCUUUAGAGAAGCUGCUGAAGGAGGCUUCUGAAACACCACCUCCUAAACCAAAACGUGCUGACAAUGCAGUGCUGAGGGCUGCUGAGGUGGAACUCAGAAGCACAACCUGUGAGCCUAAUGGAGAGCUGCUGCAGGAGAUCAGUGAGACCACAGAAAAGUCACUUGCCCCAUCCAAGGUCAGUGAUUUGAGCUUUGCUUUAGAGAAGUUGUUGAAGGAGGCCUCUGAAAUGCCACCUCCUAAACCAAAACGUGCUGACAACACAGUGCUGAGGGCUGCUGAGGUGGAACUCAAAGGCACAGCCUGUGCACCUAAUGGAGAGCUGCUGCAGGAAAUCAGUGAGACCAUAGAAAAGUCAGUUGCCCCAUCCAAGGUCAGUGGCUUGAAUUCUGCUUUAGACAAGCUGCUAAAGGAGGCUUCUGAAACACCACCUCCUAAACCAAAACGUGCUGACAAUGCAGUGCUGAGGGCUGCUGAGGUGGAACUCAGAAGCACAACCUGUGAGCCUAAUGGAGAGCUGCUGCAGGAGAUCAGUGAGACCACAGAAAAGUCACUUGCCCCAUCCAAGGUCAGUGGUUUGAGUUGUGCUUUAGAGAAGCUGCUGAAGGAGGCCUCUGAAAUGCCACCUCCUAAACCAAAACGUGCUGACAGAACAAUAUGGAGGGCUGCUGAGGUGGAAGUUAAAAGCACAACCUAUGAGCAUGGUGGAGAGUUGCCACAGGAAAUCCAUGAGACCAUGGAAAGAUCUGCAGUGUCCAAGGCUGAAUAUGGAGUAUUUGAUGUGAAUCUGCAGAACCUACCAAAAGAUAUCUCUGAAACACCAGCUUCUGUGCUGGGAAAUAGGGAUAAGAAAAUGCAAGGUAAAAUACAGAGUAGUGUGAGUGUGCACACUCCACAUCGAGAUAGGGACCAGCCUCAGGAAAUACAAGAAACAAUAGAAAAAACUUCAGUUUCAAAUACUGCAAAAUUCAAUGAAUUCAGUUGCUCUUUAGAAAAACUUCUUCGAGAAGCAUCCGAACCUUCAUGUCCAAUAUCUAGGGAGUUACACAGGCAAGAAGAGUUUGGGGAUCCUAUUCCCUCACAAGAAGAGACUGCCUUCAUGACAAUGUCACAGCCACGUCAUGCUUUCAGUGGCUGUCAUACCCAGCUGAAGAUAGCUGUCAGAGAGGGGGCUCCAGAACAAAGUAAUAAAGCUUCAGUGAAUGAUCCUGCAGUAAGUGAAACUAAAGCUUUUGAUCUUCCUAAAAGAAACGGAGCUGUUAAUGCAUUAGAAAAUAGAAAUGUGGCUCCAGUUGAUCUUCCUCCCUUGGAAGGAGACCCCAAUGUGAUUGAAAUCAAGCUGUUGAAGAUAAAUGAGAAAGGAAGGAGAGAUGACAGCACAUCCCUGGAUGCCUCUGAAAAGAACUCAGACUUUAAAGCACUGCUGGGAUUCAGGAGAGCGAGCACACCACUUGGAGAGGAGAGCUGCUCCCCCCAGCCAGGAGGAGCUCAACUCCACCUCAUGUCUCUGCAUGAGGAUAACGAUGAAGAGGAAAGGGUUGGAUCAGAUCUGGGAUCCAGUUCUUCCGAUGAACACUCUGAUUCCCACUCUGGAAGCAGAAGUUUAUCUCGUUCAGAAGAAGAAUUAAACCCUGUUUUGCUGGCUUUGAAAAGGAGUGCAGAUAGGAAAAUGCCUUCCAAAAGUCUAGAGGACAUUCCAUCAGCCACCUCAAAUAAAGGAAAAAUAAAUAAUCCAAAGGAAGAAUUAGCUCUUAGUGCUGAAGAUGGUCCGAAACCUGAUCAGCAUCAAGAGAGGAAUGAAAAUGCCACGGGAAUUUCCACAGUGCCUUCACAGCCUGACAAGCUGUCUUCCAAUCCUGAAAAGCUCAAAGGGCUGAGCAAGUCAGUACCAUCAUUCCUACAGGAAGAGAGUGAUGACAGAGAGACAGAUACAGCAUCAGAAAGCAGUUAUUCCCUUGGCAGAAUCAAGAAGAGUCCCAGCUCUAUAACCAAUCUUAGCGGCUCCUCUGGCAUGGCCUCCUUAUCCUCUGUGAGUGGAAGCCUGAUGAGCAUCUAUAGCGCAGACUUUGGCAAUGUUGACGUGAAGGGGAACAUCCAGCUUGCUAUUGAUUAUGUGGAACAGCUGAAGGAGCUCCACAUUUUCAUCUGUCAGUGCAAAGACUUGGCAGUGGCAGAUGUUAAGCGUCAGCGUUCAGACCCGUAUGUAAAGACCUACCUGCUUCCAGAGAAGUACAAGCUGGGCAAACGGAAGACUUCUGUCAAAAAGAAAACUUUUAAUCCAGUCUAUAAUGAAAUACUGCGGUAUAAAAUUGAGAAGGAUCUCCUAAAGGACCAAAUACUCAAUAUCUCUGUGUGGCACAAUGAUACCUUUGGGAGGAAUAGCUUCCUUGGUGAAGUGGAGCUGGAUUUAGGAACUUGGGACUGGGAUGAGAAAUCCAACAAGCAGAUCAACUGGUUUCCACUCAAGCCAAGGACUUCAACGAUGACUCUUCAACUAGAAAACAGAGGGGAGAUGAAACUGGCCCUCCUGUAUGUCCCACACCCUGCUGGAGGGAAGAAGACUCUACCUACUGGUGAGGUCCACAUCUGGGUGAAAGAAUGCCAUGACCUUCCUCUUCUGAGAGGCAACAGGCUCAAUCCUUUUAUUAAGUGCACCAUUCUGCCAGACACCAGCCGAAAAAGCCGCCAGAAAACCAGAACAGUGGCAAAAACUACAAACCCCAUAUUCAACCACACCAUGGUCUAUGAUGGCUUUAGACCAGAAGAUUUGAAAGAAGCCUGUGUAGAACUCACAGUCUGGGACCACAACAAACUGGCCAACCACUUUCUGGGAGGUCUAAGGAUAGGCCUUGGAACAGGCAGAAGCUAUGGGACCACAGUAGACUGGAUGGAUUCUACUUCAGCAGAAACUGCCCUCUGGGAGAAGAUGAUGAACUCGCCAAACACUUGGAUAGAAGACACGCUACCUCUCAGGAUGCUAAUGGUUGCAAAGUUGACAAAAUAAGGUGGCUUUUUAAUUGCUAGUGUCAAAAAGAAACCUUGGCAGUGAAAUUAAAGGUGGAGGGGUGAAAUUUGGAAGAGGAACACAGUAGUUCUUUGACAGUCUCUGCUCCGUUGCUGUUCUGGUUUUGUGCUGUCAAGUGUCACUUCAUAUUUCAAAUUAAACAUCUGCCUGAAGAUUAUUAUGUAAAUUUAAGGGAUUCUUUCACUUCUGAUUCACUGAAAAGGACUUAAAGAAAAAAGGCACUUAUUCAGUGGUAAAGGUAGCUGUGAUACCUAGAUUGCUUUUGUUGCCAAACUGAAGUGUUGCUGAUCCCUUAAACAGUUGCAGUUGUACAUUUCUAGGAUAUGAAAGUCACUUCUACAGCGAAAGCAGCAUGAAGUGGCACUGUCGAUGUCCUGUUUGACAAGGUGCAGAGGACUCUUGGUUCCAAUGCACUAUAAAAAUCAGGGUUAUAGAACUUUGCUUAUACAUGGCUUGUCUUGCUAAUGUACAAUCCUCACUUUUAAAUGCUGAAGGCACAGAGGUGAAACAUUUUGUUAUUCAGAUACUACUCUAAAGGAUCUAAACCUGCCAAUUUCAGUGACGAACAGUGUGUUGGGUAUUUAUUCUGUAAAGAGUACUCGGCUGUACCUAUUUAUCUGUGCUUCAGCGCCACCGUUAGGAGAACGCCGGGGUUCCGGCGGCCCUGGUUUAGGGAGCUUUGCAGCCCAGGGAAUAGGACUGGGACUUGUAGAAAUGCGUGCUACUAGAGAAAAAUAAAUGCAUAAACUACAAAAUGUAUUACUUUUUUAAUAAAAGAAGCCUAUUAAAGCUAAA